UAAGUUUCAAGCGCCGUCUUGGCUCAGAGCAAAGCCGUGAGAGAAGAGAAAAAAAAGGUCAGGGAGAAACAUUCAUUCAAGAGAGGAAGGAGAGAGAAGCUAAGAUGACAGCGGAGUUGCAGUUACCUCCAGGCUUCAGGUUCCAUCCGACGGAUGAGGAGCUUGUGAUGCACUAUCUGUGCCGUAAAUGUGCAUCGCAAUCGAUCGCCGUGCCGAUCAUUGCCGAAAUUGAUCUCUACAAAUUCGAUCCCUGGCAGCUUCCUGAGAUGGCCUUGUACGGAGAGAAAGAGUGGUACUUCUUUUCGCCGAGAGAUCGGAAAUAUCCGAACGGUUCAAGGCCGAACCGGGCAGCGGGAACAGGGUACUGGAAGGCCACCGGAGCGGAUAAGCCUAUUGGGCAUCCGAAGCCGGUUGGGAUUAAGAAGGCUUUGGUUUUUUAUGCCGGAAAAGCCCCCAGGGGAGAGAAGACAAAUUGGAUUAUGCAUGAAUACCGGCUGGCAGACGUGGACCGGUCGGCUCGCAAGAAGAAUAAUAGCUUAAGGUUGGACGAUUGGGUUCUGUGCCGCAUAUACAACAAGAAGGGCAUUGUCGAGAAACAACACACCGCUGCCCGGAAAUCAGAUUGCUCCGAUGUUGAGGAUCAAAAGCCUGGACCUCUUGCUCUAAGCAGGAAGGCAGGUGCGAUGCCUCCACCUCCGCCGCCGUCGACUACGGCACCAACUGCGACAGCGGCACUGGACGAUUUGGUGUACUUCGACUCAUCGGAUUCGGUGCCGCGCCUCCACACCGACUCGAGCUGUUCGGAGCACGUGGUGUCGCCGGAGUUCACGUGCGAGAGGGAGGUGCAGAGCGAGCCCAAGUGGAAGGAGUGGGAAAAUCCCAUGGACUUUUCGUACAAUUACAUGGAUGCCACAGUUGACAACGCAUUUUUGUCUCAGUUCCCGAAUAAUCAGAUGUCGCCAUUGCAGGACAUGUUCAUGUACCUGCAGAAGCCCUUCUGAUCUGUCAUCGCAUCAAAAGGCCAACACACUAUCUUUCGGUGGACACUGUAGCACGCGAUUCCCGCAUCGUAACACGAGACUGAAGACUCAGGUCCAUGAGUGUGCACGUGCGAGAGGUUUGGCGGCUACCAAGCAGUUAGGUUAUUGGAAUUAGAGUAACUCGGUCCACCUUGAAGCGUAUCAAAGUGUUUUGGGCCGUUGAUUGCGGCGAUCGGACGGUACAUGUUAGAUUUUGCCUAUGAUAAUACACAGUGAUCACCCCCACAACGUGUAUAUAUGUCGAUGUGUGUAUAUACAUGAAAAUUCUGGGAUGGGACAGGGGCCCAUGAGUCCAUGGCCCCUUCUAAAUUCUAAUACUUGUACCAGUUCUUUCCUUCUAAAGUAGGUGAUUUUAUAUUUAAAUCAUUUAAAUUUACACUCUCA